AUGUCGGCAGAAAUCGCAAAAGGUAUUGUUAAGGACAUUUUAACUUGUGAUGAAAAAUUAUAUGCAUCAUCUAUUACUAUUGAUCAUGAAAAUCCACUUGAUGUCAAAGACUCUGAACAAAAUGAUAAAAAUCCAUCAGAUCAAAGAAAAGAUAAUGAUUCCAACGCUAUAGAAGAUAAUAAAGUAAUUAUUAAAGGCAAGGAGAAUAAGGAUCCCAUUGAAAAUGUAAUUGGAGAGGAUGCAGUCUUUGCUGAAGAUCUUAUAAAAGAUUAUUGGGCAAAACUUGAAACGACUAAAAGUUCCGAAGAUGUCAAAAGCCCAGUAAAAUCUAGAACUACAGCUACGGGCUCCAAAAACACGGCACCUACAACCCCUAACAAAGACAGGAAAAGAGCAUCUACAUCAUCACCUUCUGUAAAUCAAGAAAGUAAAAAUCAACAUACUUCAAAGAAAAUUAGAAUAGAAGAAAUUAAGAAUGAACCUGAUGAUAAUACAAGUGAUAACUGGGAUGAUGAUGUUAUAUCAGUUGAAACUGUUAGUCGUGAUGAAAAAUCUGGAGAAUUAUCAGAAUGA